AUGCAACUGCAAAAGCAAACACGGGUAGUGAUAUUAUAUGGCAACAAGUGGCUAACAGAUGAUCCAGAAUGUGCUUCCACUUUCUCCCCCCACCCACAGAUGCCCGAGAUUGAGAAAUCCUGCUAUAUACAGCACUAUUCUGGAAGAUCAGCAAUUAUAUCAACAGUUAUUUCAAAAAGAGAUAAACAGAAACAAAACUGCCUUAAAAUGUCUACUGUAGAAAACGUGAAAAGUUUGCCAAUGACAGGGCUGAGCAGGAGGUGCCAUCAUGGGAGUCAGCAUCCCCACAACAAGCACCGAAAGGUUCGGCGCAAGGAGCCCAAGAGUCAGGACAUCUACCUGAGACUGUUGGUCAAGCUGUACAGAUUUCUGGCCAGACGAACCAACUCUACCUUUAACCAAGUCGUGUUGAAGAGGUUGUUCAUGAGUCGCACCAACCGGCCACCUCUGUCCCUUUCCCGGAUGAUCCGGAAGAUGAAGCUGCCUGGCCGGGAAAACAAAACAGCUGUGGUUGUAGGGACCAUAACUGACGACACGCAUGUCCAGGAGGUGCCCAAACUGAAGGUGUGCACACUGCGUGUGAGCGGCCAUGCCCGGAGCCGCAUCCUCAAGGCUGGAGGCAAGAUCCCCACCUUCGACCAGUUGGCCCUAGACUCCCCCAAGGGCUGUGGCACCGUCUUGCUCUCUGGUCCACGCAAGGGCCGAGAGGUGUACAGGCAUUUUGGCAAGGCCCCGGGAACCCCGCACAGCCACACCAAACCCUACGUGAGAUCCAAGGGCCGGAAGUUCGAGCACGCCAGAGGCCGCAGGGCCAGCCGCAGCUACAAAAACUAACCCCAGAUCCUGCCUUGUUAUUAAAGAUUUUGAAUGC